UGGCCGCUUUGAAAAACUGUGGCGCCGAUGCUGAGGCUCUCCUGGGGCAGGCCGAGGUGCGUUUGGACGGCAAACCAAACACAGGAGGAAAGGACCACAAGGAGAUUCCCACUGGCGGCAGCAGAACUCUGUGCUCCACGUGUCCACGUUUCUCUUCGGACCUAUUUACGGAUGCAACCGGAAAAGCCGCGCAUCAACAACUUCCACCCAUGUGUGUUUGAAGCCUGCGGUGGGAUCGCCUCGAGAGCCGUGGGCAUAAAGUCGGUCGUCUCCCGGUUUAGUUGGACCGCAGCAGUCAGGACCUCGGUGCAGACAUGGCGGAAGUCGUUCAGCAGCGGAUCGAGGACAGGAUCCCCGAGCUGGAGCAGCUGGAGAGAGUGGGACUGUUCACCAAGCAAGAAGUCAGAUCUAUUAUCAAGAAGGCUACGGCGCUCGAGUACAAGCUCCACAGGCUGAUCGUGAACAAGGAGGACUUCAUUGCGUUCAUCCAGUAUGAAGUCAAUGUGUUGGAGCUGAUCAAGAAAAGAAGAGCGCACAUCCACUAUCAGUUCAAACGAGAGGAGAUCGAAUUCCCCAUCAUCCAAAGAAUAAAUGGCAUCUUCAGAAGGGCAACGAAGAAGUGGAAGGACGAUGUGCAGCUGUGGCUCUCGCGUGUUGCUUUCUGCAAAAAAUGGGCGACCAAAGGUCAGAUCAGCAAGGUGUUCUCGACCAUGCUAGCCAUCCACCCCGACAAACCAGCGUUGUGGAUCAUGGCCGCCAAGAGUGAGCUCGAGGAUCGUAAUUCUUCGGAGAGUGCCCGACACUUGUUCCUGCGGGCGCUGCGUUUCCACCCAGACAACAGGAAGGUCUACCAGGAGUACUUCCGUAUGGAGCUGCUGCACAGCGAGAAGCUGAGGAAGCAGAAGGAAGAACUGGAGAUGGCCGACAUGGAUUUGGGUGAAUAUGAGUUUUCUGCAGAGAUCCUCGGCGGUAAACUGGCUGAGGUUGUGUACAGAAAUGCUACGGAAAAGAUCAAAGAAGCAGAGUUUGUCAUCUCACUCCUGAAAAUAGCUGCCGUCUUCGACUUUACCAAAGAGCUCCAAGACUCCAUCCUGCAGGACUUGCAGGCUAACUUCAGGGAGGACAGCUUGACGUGGGAUUUCAUGGCUAAGCGGGAGCUGGAGGCUCCGGGGGCGGGGCAGGAGCUCCACACCGCCAAAGGCCGGGCCUCGGACGUCAGCCGCAGAGAGGAGCGCUGCUGCCAGAUCUACGAGGAGGGCCUCAGGAGCCUCAACACUGAGCCCAUGUGGACUUGCUACGUGGCUUUCUGCCUGGAACGACUAAAGAGGAAGACCAACGUCUCAGAACUGAAGGAAAAAAGGCAAGAGAGGCUGCUGGGGGUUUUACAACGUGCCCAUGAUUCCUCUCUGCUGAAGGAGAAUUAUUACAAAAACUGGCUGGAGAUCCUGCUGUCGUCGGGGGACAGCGAGGCGGCGGCCACCGUCGCCGCGGCAGCCACCCAGCGCUACAGCCAAUCGGUGUCGGCGUGGCGUCUGAGUCUGCAAACGCUAAUGCUGCUGGGGAGUGGAGACAUGGCCGGGCUGUUCCGCAGCGCUCUCACACAUGUUGAUCCCAAGGAGAGUCUACCGCUAUGGCAGCUGCAGAUCCAGUGGAGCGUGGCCAACCAGAGCGCUGAAGAGACAGAAGCCAUGUUCAAGAGAGGUUUGCUGUCCUCCGUCGCGGCUAUCGCCAUGGAGAUGAAGGAGCUCUACCUCGAUUGGUCGUUCUCGGCUGGAGGCUAUAAGAAAGCCAGAAAGACCUUUACAAGUUUACAGGAGAAUCGGCCUCUGUCCAAGAAGUUUUUCACCAGAAUGAUUGAAAUUGAGAAGGAACAGGAGACCCCGAAAAUGAACAAUCUGAGAGACUAUUACGAGAGGGUGCUGCAGGAGUUUGGCACAGCAGAUGACGACCUGUGGCUGCAGUACAUCCAGGAGGAGAUGGGGCCGCUCGGCCGGCCGGAAAACUGCGGAAAGAUCCACUGGAGAGCCAUGAAGUUCCUGGAGGGGGAGAGCGUGGAGCGAUUCGUGUCCAAAUACGCUCUGCUUCAGACCGGACACUUGUGAGAGGAACCUGGAGGACGCAGCCUAACGUGGAACGACCAUGACGGCACACGUGUUUAACUGAUGUACUAAUAAUUACCUAAGAGAACCAUUGCAUUUAACUUUUACAGAUAUUUCUGAAUAUUGACUUUAUUGGCCUUUAGCUAAAAUAAAUGAAAAGAUUUUUCCACCACAACCAACCUGC